AUGAAGUCUAUUAUCCAAAUCGGAGGCGUCUGUGUCGUGGUCCUCGUUUUCUGCUGUCUGGAUUUUUCGGGGGCUGCGACGGGCACCUAUACUACUAGUCCUGGCACAACUACCUCAGAAGAAAACCCCAAAAACGUUUACGUUUCCAACCUCACGUAUUCGGCUGUCAGGAAGAUCCGUGUGGGCACCACCACCGCCAGCAGCAGUACACGGAGCUCCAAGUCCAAGAGCAACAGGAAACUGAACGCCAAGAAGGCGCAGGCCAAGAAGGUGCAGGCCAAACGGAGUCAGGCCAAGCGCUCCAGCAAUCGAAAGACCAAUGCCCGCCUGGUCAGGGGUUAAAUUCUUGUUAUCCCAUCCAAUUUUAAAGACAAUUGUUUAUUUUGAGCUCGUUCUAAACACAAAACACUUAAGUUUACCGUCUCGCAACGGGCGAAUUAAAUUAGAUAAAUACGUAA